UGUGUACUGACUGGCGGAGGGGGAUGGCGAGGCGCCAAUCAGAAGUUGGGGCUUGCAGGCUCGCGCUGGCCCGGGCCGCCUCAGGACCGCGGGGUGCGGGUCAGCUGUGUCCUCUCGGGACCCGGGGUCGCUGCGGACAUAAUGUCAUAUGGAGAUGAUCUUCAGUCACAGGCUCUCACCAAGCCCGCUUUCAGUGAAACCCAAGCCUCUGCAUUAGUGGAAUCGGUAUUUGGGUUAAAAGUUUCCAAGAUCCAGCCACUUCCUAGCUACGAUGACCAAAACUUUCACGUAUGCGUUUCAAGAACCAAAGACGCUACAGAUGGCCCGACUGAGUAUGUCCUCAAAAUAAGCAACACUGAGUCGAGCAAAACUCCAGAGCUGAUUGAAGUUCAGAGUCACAUCAUCAUGUUUCUGAGAGCCGCUGGGUUCCCAACAGCCUCUGUGUGUCGCACUAAAGGAGACAACCUAACCUCUCUUGUGUCCACAGAUAGUGGCUCCGAAAUCGCAAGCUACUUGGUGAGGCUCCUGACUUACCUCCCAGGAAGGCCUAUAGCUGAGAUCCCCAUCAGCCCCCAGCUACUGUAUGAAAUUGGCAGGCUAGCUGGCAAAUUGGAUAAGACACUGGAGAAAUUCCAUCACCCAAAGUUAAGUUGCCUUCGUCGAGAAAACUUCAUUUGGAAUCUGAAAAACGUUCCUCUUCUGGAGAAGUACCUGUAUGCCUUGGGCCAGAGCCGAAACCGAGAGAUCGUCACACAGGUCAUUCAGCUGUUCAAGGGCGAGGUCCUGACCAAGUUAGGUGAUUUUCGAGAAUGUGUCAAUCACGGAGACCUUAAUGACCAUAACAUUUUAGUGGAGGCCAUCAAGUCAGCCCCUGAAGGUGCCACGUAUCACGUGUCUGGGAUUUUAGACUUCGGUGACAUGAGCUACGGCUACUAUGUGUUUGAGGUGGCCAUCACCAUCAUGUACAUGAUGAUUGAGAGCAAGAGUCCCCUACACGUGGGAGGCCACGUCCUUGCCGGAUUUGAGAGCGUCAUCCCACUGACACCUGUGGAGAGGGGCGCCUUGUUCCUCCUUGUGUGCGGUCGCUUUUGUCAGUCCCUCGUCAUAGCUGCACACUCUUGCCAGCUACACCCGGAGAACAAAGAAUAUCUCAUGAUCACCGCCAAAACUGGGUGGAAGCACCUGCAGCAGAUGUUCGACAUGGGCCAGGAAGCUGUAGAAGAAAUCUGGUUUCAAACUGCCAGGUCCUACGACUCUGGGAUCGCCAUGUGACCAGGCGAAAUUUCACAUUAGCUUGGAUGGGGAAGAACCCAGAAGGACCAAAUCUAAUUCUAUGAAGGAUUUCCCUGCACAGCGAAAAAUGAAUUGAUAUAACUGAUCGGCGCACAUGAACCCUCUGAGCACUCUCACAACCACUUUUUAAGUCUAAGAAAAUGCCCCCUGAGCAAGUGUGUCUUUCUGUGGGUCUCGCUUGCCUCAUGUAUAAAACGCAGAGUGACGUUUUGACUCAGUCAAUCUCUCAAGGUGUAUAUAUUCCAGCCCCAAGAUCAAUGACUGUUUUACGCUUUGAAAGGAACACAAACAUAGACAUGUUCACGUACUUUAAAUUACCGAGUGUAGCACAGAGGCCUCACUGUCAUAUCACCAAUUCUGCGAAGACUUCCCCUAUUGCUCUGUGUCUCUGGAACCCUGUACUGUCUUUUCCAUGGCACAUCACUCGGUAUCACAGAUGAUGGCUGCGUAGUCACGUGGCCCAAGAGCUAUUUGAGGGCAGAGACUGUGAAACAAUUUUUUGUCUCCCCUGUCUUUUUUUCUUUUGCACCCAAUACAGUGCUUUCCCCGUGGUUUCAAAAAAUAUUUGCAAAAUUCACGUAUGCUAAAAGAAAGGCUGGAGACGAUAAGGCAGAGACUAAGAUGCCUUAGGAGGAAACACAGAUGGUGUUCCUGAGAAAAAGUCUGCAUUUGAGAGGACACUUGAAGCUGGAACUCUAGAGACCGAUGCUGGAAGACACUGGGCCUGCAAGGAGGUGAGGGGACACGCAGGCAGGGCCAUGACUCCCGAGGCACAAAUACAACGGUCAGUUUUUGAUUGACACUAAGAAAGUCUCUAAGAUGUCCCCCAAGCCUGUCUCAUUUGUGGCUCUUUACAUAUGAAAAUGUGAUGUUGGUCGGGCUCCUGGAGGGCUCAGUCAGUUGAGCGUCCGACUUUGGCUCGGGUCAUGAGGGUUCGAGCUCCGUAUCGGGCUCUGUGCUGACGGCUCGGAGCCUGGCGCCUGCUUUGGAUUCUGUGUCUCCCUCUUUCUCUCUGCCCCUCCCCGACUCAUGCUCUGUCUCACUCUCAAAAAUGAUUUAAAAAACGUUAAAACAAAAAGAGAAAAUGUGAUGUUGGUGAACAGUGGUUCACUGUAUACUUGAUGUUAACGAUACCACUGUUUCCUUCACUGAUUUCUCUGCACGUCUCCUUCAGUGUGAUUUAUUAAGUGUCUGUUUACUUAUUCUUGUGGCUCUAACUAUCCAUUCUCUAAGACGACUCAAGUCUACAACCCUUGCCGUGCAAACCCCCGUUCAAUAGCUGUCCCUUUCAGUCUAUAUGAAUAGCUGUUGCUUCCCUGCCUCUGCAGUCGCCCUAUUAGUGUGUAUAGGGGUUUAUCCCCUACCAUUCCGGAGAUUACAAGGGUUCUAGAAGCUUUGUGCCAGAACCUGGACGAAGACUAAACCUGUAUUUCUUACUAUGUCAUAUUAUUUUACAUGCAUUAUCUCAUUUUAUCUCUGUAACAAACCCAUGAGAGAAGUAGUGGUAUGAUUAAUCCCCAUUACAAAAAUUUUUUUUAAGUUUAUGUUUGAGAGAGAGACACACACACACAGAGUGUAAGUGGGGGAGGUGCAGAGAGAGAGGGAGACACAGAAUCUGAAGCAGGCUCCAGGCUCAGAGCUGUCAGAACAGAGCCCAGCACGGGGCUCGAACUCACGAAUUGUGAGAUCAUGACCUGAGCAAAAGUCAGUGCUAAACCGACUAAGCCAUCCAGGCGCCUCUAAUCCCCAUUUUCAGACAAGGGAUUUGCUCAGAGACAGCCAGGGCCAGGGUCCCAACCCUCUCCUCCUACCCCCCAUGCAGGCGCAUGCACGUGAACACGACUGUGUUGGGAUCAAAUGAGAUCACUUACAUGAAAGCACUCACGCUUCCCAAUUCAAGGCAUUGUAUUUUUCUUAAAGAUUUUGUUUUAUUUAUUUUUUAAAGUAAUCUGUACUCCCACAGUGAAGCUCGAGCUUAAGACCCUGAGAUCAAACUGACUGAGCCAGACUGGCACUCCCAUUUUUUGUUUGUUUGUUAAUCAAGCUUGACAUUCAGGAAAUUAGGGACCAGAAAAAAUGAACUGAAUCUUGAAUUUCACCCUCAGAGCACACCCUUAAUAAACGGCUGGAAUGAGUGCAUUUCUACAA